AGACAGACAGACAGACAGACAGACAGACAAACAGAGAGAGAGAGAGAGAUGAGCAUUGAUGUCUAAGGCGAAGCAAAAUACCGUCUCUGUGUGGACUGAAGGAAGUAAAUUAUUGACUUUCUCCUCCAAAGCUCGACUUUCCUGGUGAUGGAGAGCUUUGCCACAAGUUAUACACAAGUCUUUCUCUCGUCAUUUUUUUUUUUUUUUUUUUUUUUUUUUUUUUUGUCAUGACGACACUACAUGAAUAUUGUAAUCACAGUGUUUUAUUUACAAAGAGAUUUUCUAUGUAUAAGAUUCAUAUUAACUUUAAUUUAUCCUUUAUUUGAGUCAGAGGGAAUCAUAUGAAGCCUGGGUUAUUCCUUACCGCCCCAGUAUUAAGUUCAGAUAGGGGGACAGGGAAAGGAUGUUUGGUUAUUCCCGUGUACUUCCUCUUUUCCACCUCAGUUCUAUUAUACCGAGCUGACUGGGUCUCUUGUUAGAAUUGCUUCACUCAGUACUGUGAGCAAUCCAUAUGGGUGCUUUGAUGCGACGCGUGUAUAAGAUUUUAUUCAGUUAUUGACUACAUUUAACCCCAAGUAUCGUAAAUAUUGUUUAAGGGAAGCGAAAAAGAAGUAUCCCGAGACAGCUCGAGUAUUUGUGAGCAGCGUGUGUCCUUGGAGAUAAUGUGGUGCUUCAGGUUUCGGGACAGUCCCUUGGUCGCCACGGCACCAAGACUUCAUGUUUAUGACCUUCCUCUCAUGGCCGUUGCUGGACAGCUGCGUGAGGCUGACCGGUAAGCCAUGACCCUCCCUCUAUUUAAUGUUUAUCUCACAACCAACAAGGUUACAUUAAGUGAAGAAGCUUUUCAUUUGCUAAUGUAUAAAUUCCUGGGCGUAAAUGUUCCUCCCCGGUUCGAAGCGGUUUCAUAUCCAAGCGUUCAUAGAGACGACGAGGUGUCUAUAGGUAAGAUUGUGUUCCAGUCACUGUCUGAGGGAUGAGCUGGCAGGAGUCAGGUCAUUAACGGCGGGUGUCCCUCUAACGACAUCCGCUGUUCAAUUAAUUGUUAACGUACGGACCUUACGUUGCUUGGAGCCACUAGAUAACAUUAUGGAGUCCAGUCUCUCCUUCAAGAAUUAAACGGUUUGUGCAACCUUUUGGGAGGUGUUCAGUGUAGCGGGUGGACUGGUGGUGGCAGAGAGCAAAAAAUAAUGUGUGCCAUGGGAGGCGGAAGUUCGGGCGGGGGGGCGUUGGUGCGUCCCGCCUCCUACCUGGAGGAGAUUUGCGAGAUGGGUCACCUGAACGACACGCUCCUCUGCGGCUACCUUGUGCGGGUGAGAUCUAUGCAGACCUUAACGCCUUCGCAGGUACACAAGGCGCUCGUUCACCUUCGUAGACAAGUUCCGUGCCUACGUUUAUGUUUUGGCGAGAGCGGGGGCUCCAUCUGGUUUCAGGAGUCCACGAACGAGACAAUAGACCUGGAGAUGAUGGGACACAACUUUGUGGAUGAUGUGAUGGCUAGCAUGACAAGAUACCGCUAUAGGUCUCACACGGGCCCGCUGUGGUGUGUCAAGGUGCUGUUGGGCUACAAUCCCGGCCGCCCUUCGGUGGCUAGUGGGGAAAAUGUUUCUCGACCUGACACUGGUCUGGGCACCUCCUCCCCGGAGGGAGAAGAUAAAGAAAUGCUGCUGCCACGCCCCGAUACUGGCUUUGGCGCCCAUCCGUCUGAACCCUACGACUGCAGGCCGCUUAUGCCCGGACAAGUAAUCGGGGUGCCCGUCAAUGAACCUCACCGCUGUGUGAUCCUGCAACCACAAGCGCCUGCCCCAGAAGCGGGUGUGGAUCCACAGCAGCAAUACGACGAUCCGCUCAUGGGUGCUGUUGGAGGGGAUGUACGGGGAGCUGAAGGGGCAGAUUUUGCACCCUUUGACCCGGGUUACAGGACGGUUUCUCCUGCCUACCGCAGACUGUCGCCCGAAGAGGCGUAUGGAAGUGGAGGGAGUGGGGAAGUGCCUCGGGUCUCCCCGUCUGAUGACCCCCAUGCCCCCGGAAUAUUCCAAGGUGAACUCGUGGACCCGUUUCGCAUGGAAAGGCGCGUGGGUGAAGGAGCCUUGGCCAGCGAUCCUCCGUCCAGAUCUUCUUCAAAUCCUUCCUUCUACGGUCGCAGAGGCAGUGGGUCACCAGCAACAGCACCACAGAAUGCGCCAGCAGCAGCAGGAGGGGGGGAGGGACAGGGAGAACUCGGGUACGGGUUAUCAGAAUUCACUUCUGAAGAAGAAGCGGCUGGCGCUGCGGCUGCCACUGCGGCAGCCACAGCUGUUGCUCCCAAAGACGUCGGGUCGUCACGUUCUUCGUUCGUAGGGACCUCCAGCUCUGCGUCCCCAGCAUUUUUAGAUACCGGGUCAUCCUCGCUCUCUUCGUCUCCACGCAGAGGACCUUCACCCCCUAGCCUUCCAGCACAGGGAGCCAUUGGGGGAAAUUUUGAGUGCUCCACUAGUGUUGUGGUCGGCAUCCACCAAGGCAUCGCUGACUGUAUCACGGGCAUGAAAAUCUGCGGACGUUUUGUAAAGUUGAUAAACGAUACAGUUGCAGGGAUAGAGAUAGACGAUACAGUCCCGUUGGAGGAAAAUUCAGUCUCCGAGUUGAGGGAUGCCUUAAAUUCGAGAAUGAUUCUCCUAAGUAACCUGACCAAGCAGGAAGAACUGAGAGCGGAAAUAGAAGCAAGGAAUAACUGGGAAUCUAGUGCCACUGGAAUAUUCAAAGAGUGUCCACCGGGACCAGGCGGAGCAGGCGGUCGGGCUGGGAGGAGACCACGCCAUAGAAACCGCCAUGAAGGUAUUAGUUUCGAUUCGGACUCCACUAGACGCCUCCUAGACCGCUGCCAAGCCGAGGGUGUCCGGUUGAUGGCUGCCAUGUCUGCCAUAUUCAACAUUGCUUUGAUGGACGUUCUUACAGCACGGGACGUCAUUAAAGACACUUACAGAUUCUUCAGUGGCCACAAUGUUAAUCUGCGGCCAUACACGGGUGCCAUUGAUGCCCCACACCUCAUGGGCUGCCUCAUGACCCCUGUGCACCUGAGUAUCCCCACGCCUCGCCACGCAGCCGACAACUUCUGGGAAUUUGCGCGCCGAUUCGAAGCUGAUUUAAAACUUGCUGAGGAGAGAGACCAAGCCAUGAGGGAACUGGCGCUGAUGGAGAUCAACCCCCCACGGGCGAGCGAACACGAUGAUAUGUUCAAGGAGCCGCUGCCGCAGAUGAAGGAUUACUUCACCACUUUCCUGGACGACGUGACGCCCCUGGUGACGGAAGGCGGCCCGCACGUGGUGGUGGAGUACACGGAGGCCGCGAUGUCCCGCCACAAGCUCGGCUACGCCUGUUCCUUCGUGCUGCAUCUUUACCAGAACAGCCUCUGCGUCUCUCUCAAUUAUUCCUCGAGGUACCUCACCCUCGAGCUGGCGAAGGAGUACAUAUCCAACGUCUACCGUCGCGUCCAUGAGAUUAUCUGAAGUAGGGAAACUAAGAUAUUUUUUUAUAGUUUGCUUCAAAUACUAAAUUCUGGUGUUUUCAGUUUUGUUUUAAAGUUUCGACGGGAAAUAAUGAGCCUCUAGUAUUAUCUACGAAGUUACCUGAUAGUUUUGUAAAGUUACCCCAAGCCCUUGGUCAGACUUGUGGUGGGGAUGUUUACUUUGAGAUGCAGUUGUUUUAGGGACAUUUUGUUCCAGUUGAUAUAACCUAAAUUCCUUUUUUUUUAGUUUUGGAUUGUUUUACUAAUAAAGCUCGGAGGAUU